AUGGGCUAUGUUACGGAGAAGACAACCUGGCCCACCGCAGUCCAAGUCGACCAGUCGGUGAAGAGCUUGAUUGAUCUCUUCUACAGCCUGGCCGAUGACAAGGCCAGUACCUCCGGGCCUCGAAUUGCGGAAGAGGUAUUCACGAAAGAUGGGACAAUGAUGGCGGCUGCAGGGGCCUCCAAAGGGACUGAAGGUGCGCCAACCAGCAAAGCCUCGAACGGGCAGCAGACGAGCUUCCUGAACUGA